AUGGAGAAACAGCUACGACUCAGUGUUCUUCCGGAUUCUGUAAAAAGGUACACCGGCGGCUCUGGAAAGGUAAAAGCUCGAAUUUUCAAACUGCAAGGAAAUAUAAAAAAAUUUGUAAUUAAUUCAAAAAAAUUUCAGACCCUUCUGGAAAGUUCUUCUUGAAUCAAUUUAAUCAUUAGGCUCAAGAUUCGGAGCUUUUACGGAUAACCUUCUCGGUUUUUUUUUCUGUCUGUAGUUGGUAUGUCUGUCCUAAUUUACAAAAAUGGAGAUUUCCAUGAGGCUAAAACUCCAGUGGAAACUUUGAUGCGUUCAUCUCAGAAAAAAAAGAAUCUAGCAGUGCGGGUUUUCCUUUGUAAACUUCCGAGAGUUUGCGAAGUCUGGAAUAAAAAAUCUUCCUUGAUGGAAGCUGAAAACAGGGAUCAAAAUUCUUCAAAUAGAUAGCUCCAGUGACCAAACUACGUUGAAGGUCAUUUUUUUCCAAUUUUAAUGAAGCUGUGAACAAUAUUUUUCAGUAGCCAAACCUUCAUGUAGGAAACUUGCAAAUUUCGAAUAAUCUGGUUUUUCAGACUCAACUUUCUUGCGAUGAUACUGGAGACUGUACCAGAACAUUUGCUUUGAAGAUGCCACUGCAGCAAAUCCAGGUCUUCCUUCUUCUAAUUAUUUCGAAAACUUUUUGGUUCCAGAUCGAGGCCUGUCUGUCCGAUAUUUCCACUCGUCGGACUUGUUGUUGCAACUACGACUUUUGCAAUGCCAGCUUUGAAUUUUCAAUCCUCAUACCAUUCAUUGCUAUAAUAAUUUAUAUGACCACGAAUUAG